AUGCCUUCUCAUGAAUUAUCUAGAAUUAAAAAAAGAGGCCCGCCUUCAGGAUAUGCAGAAUCACUGGAAAAUAAGUUACGAAGGAUCGAAUCUAUCUUGACAAAGGCAAGCAGCAGUCGAAAAAGAAAUCAGUUGUCACCUGAACGAAAAGAUAUAUCAGCCGAGACACUCAAUGAUGUGAUCAUUCGUAGAAUGAUGGCUUCUAAUGUGUCAAAACAGCAACAAUUAAAGUCAAUUAAUAAGGAUCUGUUCAUCAGUCUGGUUCAUGCCAUCAUUCCACCUGUAGGUCUUUGUUUACAAAAGAACAGAAAUAGUCUACAGAUACAAAAAGAAGAAUCAGCCAACCUUGAUGAACAAAUAGAUAGUAUUGACGAUGCAAUCGAUUCGACCUUUAUUCGCUCUCGAGAUGAGGUUCGUACGAUAGAUCAAUGGGUUCAAAAGAUGGUUGGCAUUGAUAAAGAUUUAAGCGACCGACUUCUUAAAGUCUAUUUUGCACACAUUCAUCCAAGCACACCCGUUGUCAACAAGACCAUCUUUCUUCAAGAAUAUCGUGGCAUUCGUCCCAAUUUUCCUUCUGCUCUUCUCCUGAUUGUUAUCUUCCUGACCACUGUUAGAUAUAUCAGAUCGCGUACUGUAUUUGGUGAUGCUGAGGCCUUGAACGACGGCAAACCUUGGAACUUGUCCGAAAAGACGUCAAACUCACUUUUUGAUAGACUUUCAAAGUACGUUUUUAAAAGAGCUCGUUGGAAUCUAACUGCAGUUCAAGCUGCUAUACUGAUACUGGUCGUCCCUUUCAAAGAGCAUCGGUGGGAAAAACACUGGCUUAUUAGCUCUCGUGGGCUUCAAGGGUGUCUGCUUCUGAAAUUGAAUAAGUCAAGUGAGGCGCUUGAUAUCUCUCAUGAUGAAAAGGAGACUAGACGGAGAUGCUGGUGGUCUGCGUAUAUACUUGAUAGACUAUAUUCAGCAGAGAGUGGGAAACCGCUGGGUGUCCUUGAUGAGGAUUGUGAUGAACUAUAUCCAUCAGAGUUUGCUAGUUAUGAUGAAGUGAUGGAUGUCAUGACAGAGACAGAUCAGCAUUUACCUCGGUUUCCUUCACUUGAUGAAAAAACAGCGCAGCAGUAUAAAGGUGACAUCCCUCUAUACCGACCAUUUGUACAUAUGAUCAAGUUAUCCAAAAUUUUAGGAAUAACUCUACAGAAUCUAUAUACCCCAAAGGCGCAAACAUACUGUGCAGAGCAUGGUAGCGAUGCCAUUGUUGCCUUUCUAGAUAAUGAACUAUCCAACUGGAGAGCAUCGUUCCCUCCUCUUUCAGAAACGUCCGAUCAAGCUAGUAUUUUUCCCACUUCAGGCAUAAUAUCUCUUGUCUACUAUACAAACCUGAUCUUACUACAUCGGCCGUUCAUCAGGGUCAACAAGGACAGCAACAAGAAUAUAAAAUUUUCAGCCCAGACAUCGUUGGCGAUCUGCACAAGUGCUGCAACAAAAAUUGUAGAGAUUUCCAAAAAGAUGGCCUACAAGGAUUAUAUUCUUGUAUCGUGCGGCUAUGCAUUCUAUCCGAUCGUCACGGCCACCCUCAUUCAUAUUUUCAACGCAUGUAAUCCAGAAAAGGCGAUAUCGGGUCCUGCAAAGAUGAACCUCUUGGAGAGUUUGAACAUGAUUGAUAAGCUGAAUCAUGCAAUGUCUUCUGAAGAUGCAAUCGAAAUGAUGAUUAGAAAAAGCGUGCUCAGGAGUAAACUGUGUACUCAGGAUCCAACAUUCGCAAAGAUGUUGCAUGGCCAAGAACAACAGCCAGAAGAAGCGGAAGAAGAAAAGGCAAAUUCAGAUUUCGGUUGGCUAGAUAAUCUUUAUGACACUUCACAACAAGUCAAUCAAAACAAUAUACCUACAUCAAGUAAUAAUAAUAGUAGUAAUCUAGCUCUACUGCAACAACAACAAAUAGCAAAUAUGAAUGAUAUGUAUUCCAUCAGACAAUUUAAUUUCAAUCCCGCCAGCCAAAACCCUCAAUACACCAGUACCUCCUUUACAUACAGUGCCCAGUCAAGCUGCAUCCUAUGA